UAUAACAACAUCAUUGAUAAUGGUCGCUAUUGAGGAGGAAACUUGCAUCGAAGUUAUUUUGCCGGGACCACCACAGCCCCUUAUCAAACCUAUCGAAUUGAAAAAUAUUGGAUAUUUGCAAAAGCAUCCAACAUACAUAAAUUGUCCGGCAUGUUUGGCGGAAUCGUUAAGUGUAGUGCGUUUGGAAGUGGUUACAUGUUGGCAAAAGUUUCUAAAGGCCACCAAUAUGUGCAAAACAUCUGAAGGUCGUUACGACAUCAAUCAUUAUUGCAGCAUUUGUGGUUGCUAUAUCGGUCGCUACGUGUCCAUUGGUUGCGGUGAGCGUUGUAUAUCGGAGCGGGCCCGCAAGAAGGCAGCCCAUGAUGCCAUGACUUUGAAGACUAAACCGAAAGAUUGUGCGGAGCAUAUGCAAAAGGCAAGGGAAAGAGUAAAGGAAAAUCGUGCCAAGGAAAAGGCCAAAAAGGCGGAACAGGAAAAAGAAAAGGAAGACAAGAAAUAAGGAUAAAGGAACGAAUGUUAUUUUUAAGAUAUUUAUUAAUACUUUUCAUGGUGAAA